UUCUACAAAUCAGCUGACUUUUCCUUUUGCUUUCAAAUUUGAACAUACUCACAAGGGGUGCAUUUAUUUAACUUGUUUAUAUUUUUUACAAACUUGCUUGCCUUAAUAAACAGAAGUAUAUAUCACAUAAAUGAAAAUUAAAAACUAAUAGCCCAAUUCACCUGAAUUUUGAACAGACAUAUGGUAGCUAAAGGGUUCAAUACAAAUAACUUUUGUGUAAGUGAUCAGUGAUCAAAUAUGAGUCUAAAGUCCGCAUGGCGGGUAAAUGCAACCGUGUUAUCGAAAUUGCGUUAAGCCCACUCUACAGUAUUUUGUGAAUUGUGAAUAGACGAGAGCAUUGCGUUACGAUUGUAGGAAGGAGUGCUAAAUUCUUCGAAUUCAAUUGCAAAAGAUUUUCUUAAGUGGAUUUCAUUUGAUUUCUGGCUAUUAGAUUUUAAAAAGAAAGGAAAUUGUAUUUGGUCAGAUCAUAAAAGAAAGUGAGACUAGAAUCAAAUAUUAUUCUUUUGGUGUGGGUUGCGUUUUGGUAUAGCAAGUGUGAAAUUCAUACGUCACGCAUUUCCAAGAUGUCGGAAGUUGAGAAUAACCAAGAAACCAACGGAACCAAUAAUGGUGAUGUGCCUGAAAUUGAAUUGAUUAUCAAGGCCUCUACAAUCGAUGGCAGGCGAAAGGGCGCUUGCUUAUUUUGCCAGGAAUACUUUAUGGAUUUGUAUCUUUUGGCAGAGCUUAAAACUAUCAGUUUGAAGGUUACGACGGUUGAUAUGCAAAAGCCACCACCUGAUUUUCGGACCAAUUUCGAAGCCACACAUCCACCGAUUUUAAUUGAUAGUGGUUUAGCUAUCCUAGAAAACGAUAAAAUUGAACGGCAUAUCAUGAAGAAUAUUCCUGGCGGAUACAACUUGUUUGUACAGGAUAAAGAAGUGGCAACGCUGAUCGAAAAUUUGUACGUUAAGCUCAAACUUAUGUUGGUGAAGAAAGAUGAGGCCAAAAACAAUGCUUUAUUGAGUCACUUAAGGAAGAUCAAUGACCAUUUGGCUAAUCGAAACACCCGUUUCCUAACCGGCGAUACUAUGUGUUGUUUUGACUGCGAGCUUAUGCCUCGGCUGCAACAUAUUCGUGUAGCAGGAAAAUAUUUUGUGGAUUUCGAAAUUCCGACACAUUUCACCGCUCUGUGGCGCUACAUGUAUCACAUGUACCAGUUGGAUGCCUUCACACAAUCGUGUCCUGCAGAUCAGGAUAUCAUCAAUCAUUAUAAGUUACAACAGAUGCUAAAAAUGAAGAAGCAUGAGGAACUUGAAACCCCAACAUUUACUACUUCCAUUCCAAUCGAUAUUACAGAGUGAAAACAGAUGAGAUCAAGAUAAGGAUUUAGCUUGCGGUCAUCUUAAUCCACAUAGCAUUAUUGAGUUCCAAGCCUUGCUUUCAAUUAUAUUCCAAUUUUAUAUACAUACCUACAUAUAACACUUAACAGAGGAGUAUUUUUUUGUUGUUAAAAAUAUAAUUGAAGCGAAAAUAGAAGCAUAUGCGUGUUUAUAGACAUGAGUAUGCUUCCAUAUAUAUUCUGCUUCGCAUUUAUAUUUUGAAUUAAGUAUGUUUUGCUCUAACUUUUAAAAACAAGUAUGUUUUAAUGUUAGCUUGAAACUGACACUUACAAUAAGUAUUGAUCAUAUUUUAAUUAGAAACAAAUAAAUAAAAAAAAGCCCCGCUAUUUACAAGUUAUUUUAAAAUUAUGGAAUUCUGUCAUUAAGGGUACACAAACAGUUAAAUAUACUGAAAGGAAGUGCAUCAUGAAAUUCUAAAAUCUGUAUUUAAUAAAACUCAAAUCGCCAGGAAAUACUUGCAUACAUAUGUAAUAUUCAUUGUCAAUAUUUUUUUUAUAAAUUGAAUAAGCGAAUAGAUUAUAGUCGUUUUGUAUAUACUAUAUAAGUAUGUAUGUAUGCGUCAUAUAAAAUAAAUAAAAUUUCGUGCAAAUACUUUUUGAUAUCAAAGUAA